AUGGGUUGGAAGUUUUCAAUCGGAUUGUUCGCACUACUACUCUGCAUCAAAUGCACUUCUGGCGACCACAAGCCUACAAUGUUCAAAGGAUGCCCUACCUUUAACAUAAAAACUCGCCUCUCAAUCAUCGAGAAAUCCUGCUUCCCGUGCUUAUCAUUUUCAACUACCCCAUCCAUGUCGAAACUAUUCAGAGACACAGAAUUCAUAUUCAGUAUGAUAAGCCCACAUCUGCUUGACGAUCAAUUUUGUGAUCUGCAGUCAUCUGGAGAGUUUAUGAUGAUGUUCCCUUCAGCAGUCUGGCUUCCAGAAAAAAAAUAUGUUCCUAACAGUAGUCUUAACUUAACUUAAAAUUUACUUGUUUUUACGAAAUUUAAGGGGUUGCCAGCAUCGGAGCUUCCCACCAUAUUUCAGCACGUGCCGGCCUGCAAGCAUCCCGCACGAUGUAUCGAUAAUCAAGGCACAGUCUGAUAUGGUGUUGCCGACUAAGGCGCGGCUCAUGUGUGAGCUACGUCCCUACUUCCUUGACGCCAUGUGACGACUAAAGGCUCCACUUCUGCUGUCUGGUGGAAGUGGAGAAAUUAUGGGCCUUUCACUUUUCCUAAAGUCAGGCCAGAGGGCUUUGACCACCCCUCCAAGUUUCUUAACUGACUCAUCCUGGAUAGAAUUCCCUUGGAAAACCAAGCCUCAUAGUUAGAAAUGCAAAUGAGUACUUCUGGCAGUCCAGUAGCGUACGAAAUGCGCCAUUUUUUAAUUAUGUUCCUAACAGUAGUUAGGAUGAGUAUUCGAAAGAAUGGCUCAAUGAAAAGUCUUUUAUUUACAAGUCUAUUUGAUUCCCACUGAAAUGAAGUAAUAACAGAAGAAAUGAUAGGUGCCACGCAGGUGCCUGGAAUAAUCCCAAUUGAAGUUUACGACUAUAAUAUAGAAAAUGCAGGGCCAGAAGAUCCUCGCAUUUUUACAUUUGCAGGCGGAAUCUAUGUGAUUUUUAAUAUGAUUGAUAUUGAUGUAAGGAGGAAGAUGUUUCUUUUUAACUUUGAAACAGGAAAAUCAUGGCCUUUGAGGAUUAUUGAGCAUAGCUUAUGGUCCCAUUAUACAGAAAAGAAUUGAACUCCUUUGAUAGUUGAUGACGAGCACCUUUAUUUUGUGUAUAACUAUAAAAACUUCCAAAUUUUGGAUUGCACAGACACACACAAAUUUAAUUAUUAGAUUUUACAUUAACACCCAAUACCGUAGGCUUCCAUCUCUCCUUCGGGGUUCCACAAUCCACUACUGCGUCGUGCGUCGUCUGGCUUCACCUCUGAAUGGCCCCUCUGCUUUAAGCAUUUUGCUUUUGACGGCUGUCAUUUAACUCUUCUGGUCUGAACAUAGGCUGCUUGUACAAAAAUUCCAAAAAAUGGAAUAUCUGACAGCUGUCGGCAAAAAGGCAAAACUUAAAAUCCAGGGCAUAACUCUUGGCUUAACGCUGGAGAGUUGUCUGAUUGUUCAUUAUGGCUGUGCUGGGCUUCCCAUUUCCAAACCUCUCCUUUUCCAUAAGGUAAAAUUCAAUCCUACAAAAGGACUUGGGCUAGUCCUUGCAUGCUGCCGAAAUUGUUUAUUUAGCAUAGCUGUCUAAUUCUAGGUUGGCAAAGCCUCACCGGAUAUAAUUAAAUAUGAACUCUAGGCUGCAUGGCCAGAAUGUCAUACCCAAGCCUUUAAUUAUUUGGAUUGCACUGACAAAAGCACUUACUGUAAAAAAGUUUCAGGAUUAUUUGAUAGUGUUCCAGCAGGCUUAAGGGGCGGCUCUCCCUAUGUCAAGUUUGGGUCCACACAAUAUUUUGUUUCAUUUGGAUAUUCACACAUAGAUUACCGAAAAGGUAAUCAAUUCUGUGCUGUAUAUAGGCCUGCACUGACAGUUGUCAAAGCCAAUGAGGAGUCAUCUUCAUUUGAGCUGAUUUACCAAAGUGAGCCAAUAGAUUUCGAGGAAAAGCUUUUCCUUGAGCCAAUUAUGCCCUACAAUUCAACUGAUCAAGUAAAGAUUUGUGAAGAUGGAAGAAUCAUGAUGGUUGCGUCAAUAGCUAGAUGGGAUUUUGAUGAAGAUGUAGUUGAUGCUACUAUAAACCUUAAUGACACAAUACCACUUGCUAUAAAGAUAACGGGGUUAACUGAUUUAGUACUUGAUGCAAUUAAGAUGCAUGAAGGUGGACUUGUGACUGGAGAGGAAAAUUGUAUUGAAAAGCUAGCUUUCAAGCAUUUUGAAAUUGAUGAUCCGUCAUCUUCGAGGUUAAAUUUGAGAAAAAAGAGAAUGAUGAAAUAUGUUGAAUUUUAGAAAAUAAGAACAUCUUUGCUGAUUUAUCGUGGCUUAAUUGGUUUAAGAAAAUAUGGUAUCCGAUGGCUAGUGAAAAUGUUUUUAAUUAUUGAAAAAGGGCUUAUGGAAAUAAUGGAUAG